UGAUGACUUUAAAUGGUAAUGGCUAUCAGGGCCUUCCAAUCGGAUCAGUGAUCUUCUUGAUCGCCGUCGAGUCUUCAACCGCUGAAGUCUACCACCAGUCAGCGGUUAAUUUGCUGUUCUUCUGUGUAAGUGCUUCGGCGGAGGAGCUACGCAGUAUUUCGUCGUGCUUGUGAUCGUUACUAUCCGGGGAUGGCCUUAGUAACCACUGCCGAAGUUUGCGAUGCAAAUCCCCAACUUAUUCUGAGCGGUGAGCUCCGGGCACUCCAUCCAACUUUCCAGAUAUACGGAAGGCGGCAAGUCUUCUCCGGACCAGUUGUCACAUUGAAAGUGUUUGAAGACAAUGUUCUGGUGCGCGAAUUUCUUGAGGAAAGGGGCAAUGGAAGAGUUCUUGUUGUCGAUGGUGGUGGAAGUAUGAGAUGCGCGAUAUUAGGCGGCAACCCAGUCGUGCAAGCUCAGAACAACGGAUGGGCUGGCAUUAUAGUCAAUGGAUGCAUAAGGGAUGUCGACGAAAUCAAUGGAUGCGACAUUGGAGUGAGAGCUCUAGCUGCGCAUCCGGUUAAAGCCAGCAAGAAAGGGAUCGGAGAAAAGCAUGUCCCGAUAAACAUUGCUGGUACCCGAAUUUGCGACGGGGAUUGGCUUUAUGCCGAUACCGACGGUAUUUUGGUCUCUAAAACAGAGUUAUCAGUUUGAAAAUAAAGUAUUUGUCUGCUGCUUCAUGCAGUUGUUUGUUGAAUUAUCAGAAUAAUCUUCCUCUGAUUUGUCUGCUGCUUUUCUGUUUUGUACCAUUUAAAAGUUGUAUAACUUAUUACAAAGCUGUGUUGUUUUUAUGGUUCUACUUUACAUGUGCU